AUGGAUAUGAAAUAAAUAAGAGGCUUUAUUUAGAGAUCAGGGUGUGAGACAUGGAUUUGGCAAAUGGUGGGAGAUCUAGUGAGCUGCUUCAAGCUCAAACUCACGUUUGGAACCACAUAUUCAACUUCAUAAAUUCCAUGUCACUGAAAUGUGCUAUUCAACUUGGCAUCCCCGACAUCAUUCACAACCAUUGUCAGCCCAUGACUCUUCAUGAGCUGGUUGCUAAGCUCCCUGUCCGUCCGAAUAAGACACUGUGCGUUCAUCGCCUCAUGCGAAUUCUUGUUCAUUCUGGAUUCUUUACUAUGCAAAGAGUCCAAGAAAGUGCGGACGAAGAGGGUUAUGUACUUGCAAAUGCUUCUAGGCUCCUCCUGAAGGACCAUCCUUUGAGCGUAACACCCUUCUUGCUUGCCAUGCUCGACCCAGAUUUAACGGAACCAUGGCAUUAUGUAAGUGCUUGGUUUCAAAACGAUGAUCCCACCCCGUUUUUCACUGCCCAUGGGCGGACAAUUUGGGAUUAUGGUUGCCAUGAACCGAGGUUUAACAACUUCUUCAACGAGGCCAUGGCCAGUGAUGCUCGCUUGGUCACCAGCGUGCUGGUUAAGGAGUGCAAGGGCGCUUUUGAGGGGCUGAACUCGUUUGUUGAUGUUGGCGGUGGUACGGGAACAGUGGCUAAGACCAUUGUCGAGGCGUUCCCACACUUGCACAGCACUGUGCUUGAUCUCCCGCACGUGGUUGCUGACUUGCAAGGGGGCAAAAGCUUGACCUACCUCGCAGGGGAUAUGUUCGAGGCAAUUCCUCCUGCGGAUGCCAUUUUACUGAAGUGGAUAUUGCAUGACUGGAGCGAUGAAGAAUGCCUGAAAAUACUCAAGCAAUGCAGAGAGGCAAUUCCAAGCAAAGAAAAGGGAGGAAAGGUGAUGAUCAUAGACAUGGCGAUUCAAAACAAGAAAGGAGAUGACGAUGAGUCCAAUGUGGAGACACAACUCUUCUUCGAUAUGCUGAUGAUGGUUUUGCUCCCGGGUCGAGAGAGGGAGGAGAAAGAAUGGAAGAAGCUGUUCCUGGAUUCUGGUUUCAGUGGCUAUAAGAUAACGCCCAUAUUGGGUUUAAGGUCUCUUAUUGAGGUUUAUCCUUGAUAAAUAUCUAUCGGUAGUAAUAUUUCCAAAUUUGUGUGUUUAAUAAACUCUGACAAAAUUAAUUGCCAGAGAGUUAGGACCACCAAUCCCAAGUUUGUGUUUGCUUGCAGGGAAAAUAAUCCAUGCAUCCUUGUUAAAUUACGUGAAUCAUUUCUGUUAUCUCAUCCAGAUGCAACUUCUAUGAAAAUGUAUUAUUAGAACCAGUUUGGAGUGAUUU